AAUAAAAUACAUGUAGUGAUGUGCAUGCUGUACAUGAGAGUCGCUUCGGGAAUUGGUACAACUAAUAUAUAAGAAGUGGAUCAUUGGAGGAAGAAAAUUGGGCCUAGCGUUAUCAACACUCUUAUCUGGUAAUUUCUAAGCGUUUAGUUUUAGUGAUGGACGAUUCUAAGGAUCUUGAGGAUAAGUUCCGUGAAGCAGCAAGUAUAGGUGAUCAGGAUAUGCUAGACAAACUGCUUCAGCUCGGGGUAAAUGUGAAUGCCCAACAUCGAAUAAAUGGAUGGACUGCCCUACACUGGGCCAGCAAACGUGGCCACCCUACCAUUGUCCGACAUUUACUGACCAAUGGAGCUGACCGAUCACUGACCAAUGGGAAAGGAGAGACAGCUGCCCAGCUCACCGAUAAAGAAGAAAUCCACUCCUUAUUGGGAGGGAAACCAGAGACACUUUCUAAUUCUUCUUUGCCUAUCACCCCAAACUACAUUCGGCACCCACCAUUUCCCUACCUAUCCAAGACGAAUGGAACAGCCCAAAGCCCAAUGGCUAACACGAACCAUGACCAACCAAUCACAAGCAGAAUAUCUCAUCUCUCAUCUGAAGAACUGGUGCUGAAAGUCCGGGUUGCCAACUCAGCUGAGACAGACUUCAUCGAGAUUGAGAUUGACCGCAAUGAACGGACAUUCUCUAACCUGGUCUUGACGUGCUGCCGAGAGCUCAACUGUGAACCGGAGACAGUGGUCAAGGUUCGUAAACUCCCCAACACUAUCCUCCGCAAAGAUAAGGAUGUGUGGAGGCUGACGGAUUUCCAAGAGUUGGAGAUUGUUCUACAGAAGUUCUCCGGUGGAACGCGACUCCAAAAUGCCUUCCAAGAAUUGAUAUACUGAUAUCAGUUAUUUCUCAAUUGAUACCACCACGUUGUUGUGUACAUGGUUGAAUGAAAUCCCAGAUUUAUUGAGAUCUUUCAAAAUCUAUCUAAAACUAUCAACUACAUGUACAUAUAGGUAUGUAGUUGUAUCAAAAGCCAGGUCUUGGAAUGUUUUGAUGGAUUCAGGACUGUACGGUUCCAGUAAUCGAUAUAUCGAAAGUAGGAUUGACAUGGAUUGACUAUCCCUUGUACAGAACAUAAAGGCUACAUACAUACAGGACUUGAUAUUGAACUAACUGCAGUAUUAGGCAAUUUCAUUAGUUUGAGGUUUGAUCCACCAAAUGUAUUGUUAUUUCAAAUGAAAUGUAAAUUAUACGACACCAAGAAUUAGAGCAGAGAGAGAAAACAGCACAGGAAUUCUGCUUCUUGCCAUUUUCAUGUUAACUGAUUUCUAGCCACAGGCUUACUUGGCUGCAGCACUACAGUUUCUUACAGCAAUUAUCACGAGGUAAAACCCUGAGCAGGUUUAUUUUGUUGAUGGUUGGACAUCCUUUUGAUAUUUUGGAUAUCAUUGCCAGUAUCAAAGUUUCACCAAUUUGAUAUGAUUAAAAGUCUGAUUUAGGAGAAAUCAAUUUCAAAUUGAUAUCAAAGAAUCGAGCAAUAUCAAUGGACCGCAGCCUCUGUCACCGGUACUUGACACACGGCUUGAUGGCCGAUUCAUUUCAGUGGUCAGAAUCCACUUUCUUUCUUAGAGACUGUUUUGGAUUAGAUCAUUUUGUAGAAAACGUCCUGCAGAAAUGUGCAGGGUUAGUUUAGUAUGGCAUUCAGGCUACCUCAUAAUCUACCACUACACAAUAGUAGCCCUCGUUUGUUGAGAGCAUGCAUGAGUAUUUCUAAAAUGUGUGAACAAAUUUGUUUGCAUGGUUAACUGCUUGCAGUUGUGUAAGAAAAAACAUUGUAUAUUGAUUUCAUUUUGAACAUUCAGAGAUGGUGGAUAGCCUAACAGAUUUUCUGGGAUCCUCUAGAAUAAGGUUGGUCAAUCCCUAUUCUGCUUACUUCAGCACUGACAGAAAACUACCGAAUACUGGUUUCUCUGAAAGCCUUAAUCCUAAGCAAUAAUGUGGACUUUCCAUUGUUGUUAAAGUCUCCACAUUAAAAUUUCUUUGUAUCCGAGAA